UUUAUUAAAGAGGAGAGUGAAGACGUGAAGAUUGAAGAAACAUUCAGAGUCAAACAUGAAGAUACUGAGAAACAAACAAAGAUGGUGUUUAUUAAAGAAGAGAGUGAAGACAUUAAGAGUGAAGAAACAUUCAGAAUCAAACAUGAAGAUACUGAGGAACAAACAGACCUGAUGGCAUUGAAAGAGGAGAGUGAAGUACUGAAUGAAAUGGAAGAGAAAGAUCAUGAUUUCAUAAAUGGAGAAAAAUCUUUUAGUUGUUCACAGACUGAAAAGACUUCCUCAAGAAAAAGGGCUCAAAAGACAGGAAGAAGAUGUUAUUUCACCUGCCAACAGUGUGGAAAGAGUUUCAGUCAAACAGAAAGUAUUAAAAGACACAUGAGAAUUCACACAAGAGAGAAGCCUUAUGUCUGCCAACAAUGUGGAAAGCAUUUCAGUCAAAGAAUAAGUCUUAAAAGACACAUUAGAAUUCACACUGGAGAGAAGCCGUACACAUGCCAACAGUGUGGAAAGAAUUUCUCUCAGCUUGGAAACCUUGGAGCCCACAUGAGUGUUCACACUGGAGAGAAGCCUUACAAAUGCCAACAGUGUGGAAGAAGUUUCAACCGGAAAGGUAACCUUCAUUGCCACAUGACCGUUCACACUGGAGAGAGCCUUUUCACCUGCCAACAGUGUGGAAUAAGUUUCACUCAAAAAGGAAGCCUUAACAGACACAUGAGAAUUCACUAUGGAGAGCAGCCUUACACCUGUUCUCUUGAUCAACAUGAAAACCUUGUAGUCCACAUGAGAACUCAUAGAGAGAAACCCUACACAUGCUCUGAGUGUGGAAAGAGUUUCUGUCAAAAACGACCCUUUGAAGACCACAUGAGAAUUCACUCUGGAGAGCAACCCUACACAUGCCCUCAGUGUGGAAAGAGUUUCAAUCAUAUGCGACACUUUGAAGACCACAUAAGAAUUCACACUGGAGAGAAGCCUUUCACCUGCCAACAAUGUGGAAGAAGUUUCAACCGAAAAGGAAGCCAUAACAGGCACAUGAGAAUUCACACUGGAGAGAAGCCAUUUACAUGUGGUCACUGCGGAAAGAGUUUCAGGUAUAAAACAGGCCUUAAGUCCCACAUGAGUUUUCACAUAUGAGAGAACUGUAUUUAUGUCAUCAGUGUGACAUGGAGUCAUGUAAUGACACCAGAGAGAAGCCUUUGCUGUGCCAUCACUGUGGAAAGACUUGCAGAAAAAAGACAAUCUUGAGGUUCACAGAAGCACGCCUGAUAUAGUUCAAAAUACCUGAGCAGCGGAUUUAGGCCUUGUUUACACCUGGGUUUAAAAUGUGUUUUGUUUGAUCGCAUCACAAAUAGGCAGUCUCCAUAGCACCAUCCCUUUUGUCCACUUUCGACCACUUCUGUCAUUUUUUCAAGGGGAGGGUCAA